ACCCCUCAUCACGAACUUAAUUAUGAAACCGUUCCGGGGAAGGCUUUAAAGUGGAUUCGACUUUGUUAUCGUCCUUUCCGGAAUAAAUAUCUGCAAAAUCCCAAGCUUCGUUUCCCUCUUAAGUUCUGUUCUUCUGUCCAAUCUUCUUCACAGUUAUACCCAAGUUUAUUGCUCGAAGUUCUCCAGGUUCUACAAGUUCAGUAGCGAAAAUGGCAACCAAGACACCUACAGUGAAGCUGUCUUCCGGCUAUGAAAUGCCCAUUGUCGGAUUCGGUAUUUGGAAGGUACCGAAUGAUGUUUGCGCUGAUCAGGUUUACAAUGCCAUCAAACUCGGUUAUAGACAUAUCGACGGCGCCUGGGAUUAUACAAACAGUGUCGAGGCAGGUCAAGGCGUAAGACGUGCCAUCGAAGAGGGUAUCGUCAAGCGAGAAGACAUGUUUAUCACGUCAAAGUUAUGGAACAACUACCACGCUCGUGAGCACGCACUGGAGAUGGCGAGGCUAGAGAAUGAGGCGUGGGGCUUAGGAUACUUGGACCUAUUCUUGAUCCAUUUCCCCAUCGCGCUCGAAUAUAUCCCCUUCGACAAAAUGCGCUUCCCAUGCUUCUGGGUCGACAAGGAACAGACAAAAGUCACCCCCUUGGCGAAGGUACCUGUCUCGGAGACUUGGGGCGCCCUAGAGGAAUUAGUGCAGACUAAAGAGAACCCGAACGGGUUCGUCAGGAGCAUCGGAAUCUCGAACUUCCACACCCAAUUGAUAUACGACCUCCUGUCGUAUGCGAAGAUCCACCCCAGCGUAUUACAAAUCGAACACCACCCAUACUUAACCCAACCAAACUUGAUCGAAAUGGCCCAAGAGAACAACAUCGCUGUUACGGGCUACUCGACAUUCGGACCACAGAGCUUCAUCGAGAUGGGUAAUGCUGUAGCAAAAGAAAUCAAGCCACUCUUUGAAACGGAUGUGGUCAAGAGCAUUGCGGCGAAGCACGGCAAGACGCCUAGCCAGGUUCUGCUCCGAUGGUGUACUCAGCGCAACAUCAUCGUCAUUCCCAAGUCAAACAACGUUGACCGUUUGAAGCAGAAUCUGGAGAGUUCCUUGUUUGACCUUACUGAGGACGAUAUCAAACAGAUCUCAGGCUUGAACAUUAACCUGCGCUUCAACAACCCCGACACUCUCGGAACUCCGAUACGUAUUUUCACCUAGAUGCAACAUAAGGUCAGAGAUGAAAUCCAUACAUACAUACAUACCUACCUAGUGUUUCGUAGAUACCUCGUAGUCUUAUAGAGAUAGACUAUUCGUUUAGAACAAUCUAAAGGAUAUGAAUAAAUCACCUAUUCUUAUUAAGAAUUUAAUAUUACUAAU